AUGUCAUCAGAGCAAAUGAGAAUGCAUAAUACCAGUACAAAUGACAUUCCUGCUAGUGUUGAGAACAAUGAGAAUGCGGAUGAGAUGGAUAUUGAAGAAGAAGAAAAUUCUAUGUUUCAAAAGAAAAAGAGACAAAAAACUUCAGAGGUGUGGAAAGAUUUGAAGGAAAUCACUCUUCCAGAUGGUACUCUCAAAGCUGAAUGUAUUCACUGUAAAACAAAGCUUGCAAUAUUGAGAAGUAAGGUUACCAGUCACAUGUCAAGGCAUUUACAGACUUGUACACAAAGGAAACUCAACAUGAAACAGCAACAAAGACUCAACUUCCAACCAUCUUCUUUAUGUGAAGUGGCAAUGGUGGCUCCUGCACUUACAGAUGGGAAAUUUGAUAUGGCUAAGAUGAGAAAAGCAGCUGCAAACUGGGUGUUAAUGCAUGAGCAUCCAUUUUCAAUUAUGGAGGAAGAGGGGUUUAAUAUGAUGCAGAAGACCGGAAUGCCUGAGUGGGAAAAAAUUUCUCGUAAUACAAUCAAGAAUGAUUGUGUAUCGGUAUAUGAAUUGGAAAAGAAGAAAUUGAAGACAGUGUUAAAGAAUGUAAAUAAGAUCAGUUUGACGACGGAUAUGUGGAAGUCAGGCAAUCAAAAAAUUGAGUAUAUGGUAAUCACUGGCCACUUUGUAGAUUCUGAAUGGAAACUUCAAAAACGUGUCUUGAGCUUUAUUCAUCUGCCUCCUCCUCUUCGUGGAAUUGAUAUUGCAGAUGGUAUUUAUAAGUGUCUAAAAGAGUGGGGAAUCGAGAGUAAAGUCUACACAAUAACAGUUGACAAUGCUGCGAAAAAUGACGCGUGUUUAAGAAAUCUGAAGGAUACUUUUUCUAGAAAUAAAAAGUUACUUUGUGGCGGCAAAUUGUUUCAUGUUCGAUGUACAGCACAUAUCUUGAAUCUUAUGGUACAAGAUGGCCUUUCCAAAAUCAAGCAUGUCAUUCGAGACAUUCAUGAUAGCGUCAACUUUCUGAAUAUAUCAGAAGCUCGACUUAAUUUAUUUGCUGAAAUCGUUCAACAGUUGCAAGUGCCUCAUAGGAUGCUUAUUCUCGAUUGUAAAACCAGGUGGAAUUCAACAUUUAUGAUGUUGUCAACUGCAAUCAAAUUCAAAGAUGUGUUUCCAAGAUAUCAAGAACGUGAGCCUAGUUACUAUUGCUGUCCAAGUGCUGAAGAUUGGUUAAAAGUGGAGAGGGUCUGUAAGAUUUUGGAGGUGUUUAAUUCUGCCACUAACAUCAUUUCAGGAAGUGAGUAUCCGACAUCAAACUUAUUUCUAAAUGAAGUUUAUCGUGUGAAGGUCGUGUUGGAUAAAAAGCAUUCAGAAAUCACAGAUGAAGAGGAUUUCAUGUAUAGUAUGAUUGAAGCUAUGAAACAGAAAUUUGAUAAGUAUUGGGGUGAAGUUAAUUUGCUAAUGGCUAUUGGGGCUAUUUUGGAUCCUCGAUGCAAGAUGAGAGUCAUUGAAUUUUGCUUCCCUAAAAUGUAUCCCGGAAGUGCAGCAAAAGAUAAUAUUUCUAAAGUUCGAGAGGCUUUAUAUGAGUUAUAUGAUGAAUAUGUGGCUGAAUUUCAAGCUAACAGUGGUGAACAAACAGGUGAAGCACAUGAUGGUUUCCGAAAAGAAGCUAAUACUAUUCAAAUUUCAUCCUCUGGCUGGUCGGAAUUUAAUGAUUUUGUGAAAACGAUUGAAACGGUACAACCGUUGAAAUCUGAUCUAGAUAAUUAUUUAGAAGAAGGGUGUUUUAUUUGUGAAGAUUCAAAAUCUUUUGAUGCUUUAGAAUGGUGGAAAGUAAAUACUUUGAAGUAUCGCAUUUUGUCUAUUAUGGCUCGUGAUAUUCUUGCCAUUCCUAUCACGACGGUAGCCUCUAAAGCUACUUUUAGUGCUGGUGGAAGAGUCAUUUGUUAUGGAACAAAAAACGAAGGGGGUGAGCGAUUCGUGCUUCGGACUAGUCUCGGUGCGAGAUGCCUACGUAUCUUCAGCUAG